AUGGCUGUAGAACUUGGCUGUAGACUUGGCAACCGCAUAACAUUCUCCUUCGAUAUUACCAACCUCAACCGAUAUGGCUCACACAUCCAAUUGAAGAUGGCGACAGUGACUAGAACCAAUAGUAAACCGGUGCCACUGUCCCAGGUACGCUGCAAAGAAACGUUACAAGCGGAGAACGCUGGCUCUAGCUUUUACUACUGUAGACCGAACACCUAUUUUGUACAGCACGUUGAGGGAAUAACUUCCCCAGUCGAUGGGAAUAUCACCAUCUCUUAUAAAACACCACCAACAGGCACCUGCCAAACAGUUUUCGAUACUCAAGAACAGUAUACGGGUUGGGUAAAUAUCCCGGGGAGCUAUGCGACGAACACAUUCUUUUGGUUUAUCUCUGCGAGAGACCCUACAGAUCAACUUACCAUAUGGUUGAAUGGCGGGCCAGGCUCCAGCUCAAUGAUUGGACUCUUCAACGAAAAUGGUCCUUGUGAGGUCGUUCAAUUAGCUCAGGGAAGAUUUGCGACAGAAGCUAGGGAUUGGGGUUGGGAUAGAGGGUCUAACAUGCUAUAUAUUGAUCAGCCUAACCAAGUUGGCUUUUCAUACGAUACCCCUACUAAUUGCUCUCUCGAUCUUCUUACGUCCGAUUUAUAUACUCCACAGCAGGUUCUUCCGAACUCGCAACCUGCGGAUACAUUCUUGAAUGGAACAUUCAGCUCUCUGAAUGUGAACAAUACGGCCAAUACUACUGAGAUGGCGGGGAUGGCUAUAUGGCACAUGCUUCAGGGAUUUCUUGGUGCUUUCCCACAAUAUGCCCCGAAUAAUAGUUCUGCUAUGAAUAUUCAUUUGUUCGCAGAGAGUUAUGGUGGAAAAUAUGGCCCGGCUUUUGCGACUCUGUGGGAAGAGCAGAAUGCGAAGCGCGCAAACGGCACGCUGUCCCAAAGCAAAACCAUUGAAAUCAAACUCAAAUCACUCGGGAUAAUAAAUGGAUGCGUGGAUGAUCUGAUUCAAGCGCCUUACUAUCCCGACUUUGCAGUCAAUAAUACCUUUGGUCUCACCGCUAUCAAUCCCACAAGGGCAAAAUUGGCGGUAGCAAACUUCUAUGCUUCUGGUGGCUGCAAGGACUUGAUUACUCAAUGUCGAACCGCCGUGUCAAACCAGGAUCCUACGAAUGAAGGCAACAUCUCGAGUGUGAACGGUGCUUGUUCAAAUGCGUAUAACAGUUGUCUAACGAAUGUGAUGGAACCUUAUUAUGACGCUGGAAGAAGUGUAUACGAUAUUUCCCAUAAUCUACCAGAUUCAUUUCCACCUAGUACAUACCUCGAAUAUCUCAAUUCUGCCGAGUUUCAAUCUGCUAUCGGUUCACCAGUCAAUUAUACUGAGACAAAUUUCCAAGUUGUUUCUGCUUUCACGUCCACUGGAGACUACGAGCGCAAAUCUUACGUCCCAGAAAUAGCUGCGCUUCUGAAUACUGGAAUCCAUGUUGGGUUGAUGUAUGGCGAUCGUGAUUAUAUUUGUAAUUGGCUCGGUGGUGAAGCCAUAUCUUUGGCUAUUGCAGACCAAGCUUCUUCAGAAUAUGCCUUAAGAUUUCCCGCCGCUGGCUAUGCGCCUAUCAUAACUAACACUUCUUAUAUUGGUGGUGUUGUACGACAGUUUGGCAAUCUUUCCUUUAGUCGCAUUUACGAUGCAGGUCACAGUAUCCCAGCAUACCAACCCGAGACAGCUUUCCAGGUUUUUGCCCGGAUAAUAAUGGGUACCUCUCUUUCGACUGGAGAAACCAUCAACUUAUCAGUAUAUAAUACUACUGGUCCUCUCAAUGCAACCCAUACCACAAGUCUCCCAGCAUCUCCCACAAAUACAUGCUACCUCCGCAAUAUUCCAGAAACAUGUACUGAAGAUGAGAGGGAUAUGAUUAUUGCCGGCAAAGGAGCGAUUAUCGAUGGAGUACUCUAUAGUGCCUCCUCAGAUUACAGUGCUCCUACCAGUACAUCAACAGUACCCGCCGGCUCGGGAAGUGCUAAAACUGCAUCAGUCACAACUACUACAGAAAUUCUCACAGGCCUUUUUACCGCUACUGCAACACCUAGUCCCAGCAAAUCUUCUGCGAGUCCAAUGGCAAAGAUAGAUUUUGUGGUUUUGAUUUUACCCAUAUUUGGCGCAUUGGGGUUCUCUUUAUUCUUCACUUGA